AUGGCCCUGCUCCAGCUCGGGCUCCUGCUCCAAGCCGCCUGCCUCUGCCUGGCCCAAAUUCGGGGGCCACCAGGAGAGCCCGGCCCGCGAGGCCCCCCCGGUCCCCCAGGAGUGCCGGGAGCGGAUGGCAUUGAUGGUGACAAAGGCUCUGCUGGAGUCCCCGGGUCCCCGGGCGUCAAGGGGGAGCCUGGAGCCCCUGGUCCAGAUGGACCCCCUGGGAAACCGGGCAUCGAUGGCCUGACGGGAGCCAAAGGGGAGCCAGGACCCAUUGGCGGGCCAGGACUUAAAGGCCAACCUGGACUCCCAGGGCCACCAGGGCUCCCUGGUCCUUCGCUGCCAGGACCACCAGGGCUUCCAGGCCAGGUUGGGCUUCCUGGAGAGAUUGGAGCACUGGGACCCAAGGGCGACCCUGGACCCGAUGGCCCGCGGGGUCCCCCAGGCCCUCCAGGGAAACCCGGCCCACCCGGACACAUCCAAGGACUGGAAGGCAGCGCAGAUUUCUUGUGCCCCACCAGCUGCCCCCCAGGACCCAAGGGCCCCCAGGGACUGCAGGGACUGAAGGGACACAGAGGCCGCCCCGGUGCCCUCGGGGAGCCCGGCAAGCAGGGCAGGCAGGGCCCCAAGGGUGACGUUGGUGCCUCCGGAGAACAAGGGGUCCCGGGCCCCCUGGGACCGCAGGGCCUGAGGGGGUACCCUGGGAUGGCAGGACCCAAAGGCGAGACGGGUCCUGCUGGUUACAAGGGGAUGGUCGGGACCAUCGGAGCGGCUGGGCGGCCGGGCAGGGAAGGGCCCAAGGGACCACCCGGGGACCCCGGUGAGAAGGGAGAUCUGGGUGGCCGUGGCAUCAGGGGGCCCCAAGGAGACAUCGGCCCCAAGGGGGAGAACGGUCUCCCAGGCAUCGAUGGCAAGGACGGGACCCCAGGGAUCCCAGGCAUUAAGGGCAGCGCGGGACAGGCUGGGCACCCAGGAACACCAGGACAUCGGGGACAAGCUGGCUUACCGGGCCAGCCAGGAAGCAAAGGAGGCCCAGGAGACAAGGGUGAAGCGGGUGCUCGAGGCCAGCCCGGUGUCACCGGUGCCCCGGGGCAGAUCGGUGAGCCUGGACCUCGGGGCGAGCAGGGCCCACAGGGUGUCCCUGGGAUGAAGGGUGACCGGGGCGAGCGUGGCCUCGUGGGCCCCGCCGGGGAGCAGGGCAAGGCGGGCCCCAAGGGCGAGCAGGGUCCUCCAGGGAUCCCAGGACCCCAAGGCUUGCCAGGAGUCAAAGGUGACAAGGGCUCCCCAGGGAAAACCGGCCCCAAAGGCAGCACCGGAGACCCCGGCGUUCACGGCCUCGCGGGGCUGAAGGGAGAGAAGGGUGAAUCGGGUGAGCCAGGACCAAAGGGACAGCAAGGCAUCCGGGGCGAGCUCGGCUUCCCUGGGGAGCGCGGGGUGCCCGGGAUGCCCGGCCCACGGGGCGUAGCGGGGCGGGACGCUGGGGAUCAGCACAUCGUUGACGUGGUCCUAAAGAUGCUGCAAGAGCAGCUGGCAGAGGUGGCUGUCAGCGCCAAGAGAGCUGCCCUGGGGGGAGUUGGUGCCAUGGGACCCCCUGGACCUCCUGGUCCCCCAGGGCCACCGGGUGAGCAGGGUCCGCAUGGACCCAUGGGACCUCGAGGUGUCCCUGGCAUCCUGGGUGCUGCCGGGCAAAUUGGCAACAUAGGACCUAAAGGGAAGCGAGGUGAGAAGGGCGAGCGGGGAGAAGCCGGCCGAGGCCACCCAGGCAUGCCAGGCCCCCCAGGGAUCCCAGGUCUCCCCGGUAUCCCUGGCCAUGCUCUUGAUGGCAAAGUAGGGGAGCGGGGUCUGCCGGGCUCCCCAGGAGAGGCCGGUCGGCCGGGCCUACCCGGGCCUGCAGGCCUACCGGGCUUCUGCGAGCCGGCCGCUUGCCUGGGAGCCUCAGCCUAUGCCGCUGCACGUCUGACGGAGCCGGGAGCCGUCAAGGGCCCCAUGUACUGA